AUUGUUGUGCGGCAACUCAAGCUCACACCAAGCACCAAGCACCAAGCAGAAGCAGAAGCCGCAACACAAGUCAUUCCACAGAAUUUCUGCAUUGAAAGACGACGAAGACCACCACCACCACGACCAUGAUUGCCCGCACUACCAUUAUCUCGUUGCUUGCUGUUGUUGCUGCUGUUGUUGUAGUGGAUGGCGCUGGUUGCCAUGGAAAUAGUCGAUUUCGGUUAGCGCCCAUGACCAAGGGUGCAUCCACGACCGAAGAAAAACAAAAGCAAGGGAUGGCUUCCAUCGACGAAAAGGCGGCGUACUGUCAAGACGAAUUUGGAGAAGACGCCACCUUGAUGGAUCUCAGACUCAUGGAAGGAGAAUUCCCCAAUGCACAAGACCUGCAACAUGCUCUCAAUCCAUUGUUUGAAGAGGAUCCACUAGCGGUAUAUUACAUUACGGACCAUGGCGAGGAUACGAUGAAGGAUGCGCUCAAUCACCACGAUCACGGAUACGACGACCACGUCUUUAAAUAUAUAUUGGCAAAGGAGGAAGACCAUACCGCUAAUGCCCACUGGAAUCCUCAGCGAGUGGCGGGCCAAGUCUUUCUCGAAACACGUCCGGUCAACGUCACGGCGGCUCUGGCUAACGCACACAUUCUGUGCUACAUUGCCAAACCCAAAUACACCACCAUCACCAAGGUGGCGUCGACCAGGAGCAGCCCCAUGGGAAGCAACAGCAAUUUCAAGGAGAUGGAAUACAUGCCCAUGAUGGAAGAGGAAUCGUCAUCGUCCUCAUCAUCAGGGGGUGGAAACCGAUUCGUCUCCUUUUUGGCCGUGGUGGCUGUGGGAGCCAUUGCCAUGGCAGCAAUUCAGACGUACAAAGCCAGACAAGCCAGCAACAUGAUGCAGGCAAAUCCAUUCGCUGCUCAACCAUCUGAUUUUGGUGGAUCCUAUCGUAUCUUGUCGACGAAUGGGAACCAUGAUUUGACCCAGCAGUUGAAUAAUGACUUGGAAUUGGCCUAGCUAGAUAGGCAAGAAGGAAAGGUUGCUGGAUCUAACUAAGGUUGCCUAAAUGAGAGGUAAUAAAUAUUACAUUUUUGCACAAUC